AUGAGCAAGAAAAAUGCGUCGUCGGUGAAGCGGAUCAUGUCAGAACUCAAAGAGCUAGAAAGCAAUGAGAGUUCUGAGUACCGUGCUAUGCCUACUGAGGAUAAUCUGUUUGAAUGGCACUUUACUCUGCGAGGGCCCAAGGACACGGUGUACGAGCAGGGCAUGUACCACGGCAAGAUUUUGUUGCCGACCGAGUACCCUUUUCGUCCGCCUGAUGUCCUCUUUCUCACGCCCAACGGACGCUACGAAGUGGAUACCAAGAUCUGUCUCACCUUUACCGGAUUUCACGAGGAGUCGUGGCAGCCAGCAUGGGGCAUCCGCACGGCACUGCUAGGCGUUCAGGCUCUCAUGACAUCCAAGGCGGAUGAGUCGGGCACCGGUGCAGUUGUCAUGCCCGGCGAAGACCGCAAGAAGCUCGCUGCACAAUCCAAAGCAUGGACCUGCCCACUGUGCAAAUGCACCAAUGGAGAGUUCCUUCCUUGCGAACGAUCAGAGAUGCCAGAGACGUCCCAAACGACAGAUGAGCCGAAAGAAGACAAGGCGAUCGAGGCUUCUCCAGCGCCCGUGCCCCAGUUUAAUGCAGAGCCCUCGGCCAAGGAAAAGGAGCCUGCAAAAGAUGCUGAAUCACAAGAGAAUACAGCUCAUGCAGAAAAGGCCGAGGAGGCGUCUACCGCGCCGCUGCAGACCACGGAACCCGGCACGGUCACGGCGACGUCCGUCACAACUCAAGUCACGGCCGUACCGGCAGAGACUCUUGAUACCAAUGCUCCCCCAAUUUCGGGUGCUACCGCUCCUCCCUCUGUGCCGUCUGGCGGUCUCAGCAUGGCAUCGGCCUGCCGCGCCAAGAUCCAGACCUACGACCGGAUCCUGACGGUGCUGGAUGCGCUGCUGGGCGUCGUAUGUGCGAUGCUGGUGCUGUGGGUUUUGAAAAACCUAUAG